AUGUCAUCUCGUGCAUCUGCGCCUACAAUACCGGCGCUGAAACAAGCAUUUCUUACCAACCAAACUACACUUCUCGCCCAACCUCUUGCUCCAUCUCGCUCAUGGCAAGCCGCCAACGACGCGUCCGAUGAAGCUCUCCCUGAGCGCGUCGUCGAAGACGUCCUUUUUAGCCUCAAUCACACUAUCCAGCAGCAUUGCCGUCGCGUCUAUGCCCCACAGGCUAGUCGAAAUAUCGCCGAGCAGAUUGACAGUGUCUACACACAGGAUGCGGAGCGCAAAGUAGGAGGCCCGGCUGAUACUGAAGGUGGUAUAGGUAGAGAGCUUGAUCUCACCGAUCAAGAGGCCAUCGAAGCAUUGCCUGCUUCUUGGCAUAUAGAGAAGGAUGUCGAGGACCAUCCUAUGGAAGUCAAGCGCUACGCGGAUGCUGUUAGCCGACUCACUGAACUCAAUGACCAACGCAAGCAAUUGCGAGAGCAAGUCGCACGUCUGAAGCAUCUCCAGACCAUUGUAAAGCCCCUGCAGAUGACGGACAAUGGCGUUGGUAUUCAGGAGAAUCUCCUUACUCGCAAUGGCCCUGUUGAGAAGGAGCUUGAGAAGAUGCGCUUCUUGCUGGCAAGAGUCGGUGGUCGCGUACACGCCCUACCCGAAGAAGCUCCUAACGGUGUCUCGAAGGAAAUUAGUCUUUCGGAGACUGGUUCCCAGGGCCGGAAGAGGCGUGUCGACCAAUUCCUUGCUGAUGAAGUGUUCCAAUGA